GUUAUAUAAAUUAAGCAUAUAUAAAACUAAAAUAUGUUAAUUUAAUUAUUUUUUUUAAACAAAAAUAGUCAGGGUCGGAUUAAGACUUCUAUUGGCCCUAGGCGGUACAUAGAGGUGGACCCCUUAUAGAAAAUAUCACUAUAAUAAAUAAAAUGAUGAGCAAAGAAAGAAACUAGAAAAACUCUCUAAUCAUGACUAGUCUAGUAAAAUUCGAGAUAGGCCUCGUGGGAUUUUCCUCUAUUUAAUCCGGCCCUGAAUAGUCUUGUAAUCAAAUUAGAUUUAAUUUAAAAAUUGUGUUAGGUCAAUUGUUACUAAAUCUUAUUGAGAGCAAUUUCUCGAUUGUAUUAAUUAAUCGAUAUUCUUUAAAUAUUGGUGUCCACUGGGCAUCCAGCGGGCAGUUCAAAUUCCAAUUUUACAGAUUGAUCAUUAGUGGGAAAUAUGAUAACAAAUCAAACUGUUAUCCUUCUUGAUAUUGAAGGCACUAUUACACCAAUGAAUUUUGUAAAAGAUGUGUUAUUUCCUUAUAUAACCAGUGUUCUUGAGGAUUAUAUUAACACUAAUUGGCACGAAAAAGAAUUCAAAGAAGAUUUAGAACUUUUAAAACAACAGGCACAAUUUGACUUAAGUCUACCAGGUUUUGUACCCAUUGAGAAUGACAAAGGGAAUAUUCAGAAAGAAUCAAUAAAAAAUAACAUUUUAUGGCAAAUGAAAAAUGAUCGAAAAACUACUGCAUUAAAGCAGUUACAGGGUCAUAUUUGGAAGUAUGGCUAUGAAAGUAAUAAUUUAGUUGGAGAUAUAUUUUCGGAUGUUCCUCCAGUUUUGAGUGAAUUGAUAGACAAAGGAAAAAAAAUUUACACUUAUUCAUCAGGCAGUACAGAAGCUCAAAAAUAUUUAUUUCAGUACUCUUGUUGGGGUAAUAUAUCUUCUUUAUUUACUAAGUAUUUUGAUACUAAAAUUGGAUCCAAACAAGAAGAAACAAGUUAUCAAAAUAUUGCAAAAGAAAUUGGUGUAAAAUGUGAUGACAUUUUAUUUCUUACAGAUGUUGUAGAAGAAGCUGAAGCAGCUAAUAGAGCUGGUUGUAAUGUUGUUAUUUUAAUUAGACCUGGCAAUUCACUUCAAGAUCCUGAAAAAAUAUCUAAAUUUAUGACUAUGAAAACAUUAGAUCCCUUAGUAGAAGAUUAAUUUAAAAUUAAUUGGAUUAAGUUUUAAACUUAACUAUAUUGUCAUAUGAAUUUAGAUAUAUUUGAUAAUAUAUAUAUAUAUAUAGAUGUAAAAAUAUUCAAGUUUUUAUGUAACAAUAUGAUACUCGGUAUAUUUAUAUAAUU